GAGACAUUGAGCUGGAGAAAGACGCCCAGGCAAGGCAAGUAGAGUUUGGAAAUGUCAAAUCCGUGGUCGCUAUUAGAGUUUACAGCGCGCCUCACACAGCCAAUGGGUUGGCUGGAGCCUCUGUCGGAGUUGUUUUGGAGCCUGAGCUCAGCGUGAUACUGUGCGUAAAAUCUACGGGUCGCAGCAGCGGUGCCGUGGCAGACAGAGCUCAGCGAGCAAAGUCCAUUGUCACACACACGGAAUAACUUCCUUUUAAAAGGAUGUCAUAUGUUGCGCUACGAUGGUGCGCUACGAUGACAAUUUCCCAAAACUGAUGAUGUGAAGCAGAAACGUGGGUCCGUCCGUCUUCAUCGACUCAGUUGCGCGGAGAAACGAUGCUGAGCAAAGCUGCGGCAGGAUUUUCCACUACAGCUACCAGACUGCCAAAUCCUUUUUGGACUUCAUCCUCUGAUCCACUAGACAUUUGAACUUGUCAUCAUGGAGAGCCUCAGUGAGCUCCAGAACCCCUUGCUAGACAAAACCAGCAGACAAAAGGUGCACAGCGAUUACCAGGGUUACCAGUGUGACUACUCGAGUCAGCCCUACCAGGACAGCCUCAUUGGCUACUACUACACUGGGACUGGGACUAAUGGCAAGCAUAAGACGCAACAGUUCCUAGACGCCACAUCCCUGCAUCUGGCUGUGGAGGCUUUCUACAGGCCCAACUUUAUCCUGUACAAGGACGACGUGAGCCUUCACAGCAAGGACUCCAAGAGCGAGAGCUUUGAGACCACUUUCACAGAGAGUAAGGACACUGUGCUGGAUGGAGCUUCCACAGAAAACCCUCUGGACAGCGUACAAGGAGAGAAGGAUGCAAAGAUUCAGACGGUGUCCUAUGAUGUGGAAGAGGAGCAGGGUCCUGAGUAUGAGAGUGACAGCUCCAGUGACAGUGAGAGCGAGGACAACUUCAUCGUGCUGCCCCCUCGGGAUUACCUGGGCCUAGCCAUCUUCUCCAUGCUCUGCUGCUUCUGGCCCUUGGGCAUCGUUGCCUUUUACUACUCUCACAAGACAGGCAAGGCCAUCGCUAAGGGAGACUUCUCCAGAGCAGGAAUGAGCUCCAGAAGAGCUUUAUUCCUGGCUGCUCUUUCCAUCACCAUUGGAACAGGGAUGUAUGUGGGGGUGGUUGUGGCCCUCAUAGCUUACCUGUCUAAGCCUGGACACGUAUAGCACUGAGACCGGUGUGCUUGGGGGGAUUUGCCUGUGCUGUUUAUGAAAGAAGCUAUAUGAAGAGAAAAGACUAAACCAGAAAGACA